UCGUGUCGAGGUAUAUCAAAGUGUAUCUACCGCUCAUCUCAUCAUUCUCAUCGUCGAUCUUUUCAUCGAAAUUAUCCAGUUUCUGUCUGAAAUCGCGUUUCACGUUUCUCGCAAAUCUCUCGAUGGUGUAAUCCAUGAUGUAGUCGAGAUCGAGAAAUUCGUGAUGCGUUGGACAUCCCCCCAAGAUUUGCGCUUUUGCGCGGUAUUCGGUUCGCGGGUAAGCCUGACCGAGCGCAACAUCCCUGGUUGUUCCUGCGCGAGGGGAUAUCGACACCGUCAUGCCGGGGAAUCGUCGAUGUGGACAGAAACCCAGCGGAUGAUAGCCGAUUGAACGAAAUUGAAGAAAGACGACUCGUGCGAUCGUUCAUUUGGAGGUAUCGCAAUAACGCCCCGCUCGAGCCGCGGAUAAGAUUUGAAGAAUGAAGAUGAAGACUACCAUGUCAAGUGUUUUUCUCCUGUGUCUCUUCUGCUUCAACCUGCCGGAUGUCAUCAUGAACUUUGAUCCGUUCUGCGGUGGUCAUUUGGCAGGCCCCAGAGGCGUCAUACACACGCCGAAUUUUCCCGGAUCCUUUCCGAUUCCGAUUAAGUGUCGUUGGGUAAUUGACGUGUCCGACAUCCCGUCGACCAACAGCUCCAUCGUCGUCUAUCUGACGCAGCUCUAUGUCUACAAGGGGCUUCGUUUCACCGAAUAUGCAUACUACGAGUCCGAGACCAUGAACUUUGGUGCAGCCCUAAUUAAGGAGGUGACCGAGGGUAAUGUCUUCGAGUAUCAACGCCUGAGAACGUUCAGGCCGUUCUUGGUAGUCGAGUUCGAGCUUGAUCGACUCGAGGGUAAUCACGUAAGGGUAUUGAAUGACCUGCUCGACGUGUAUGGAUUCAAUGUGACUUACGAAAUGACUGAAGAACAUCCAAAUCUUGAGUCCUGCACCAUACGCGACUGCUCCUUCGCUGGUAACUGUCUCGUCUCUGCAGAUUACACGUCUUUCUGGUGCGAUUGUUUCGAUGGAUUCAAUGGAAGGAGCUGCAAUGAAGGUCCGUUGUGUUUUAACGAUGAAAAUAUUCCAGUUUGUCAAAAUGAAGCCACAUGCAGACAAACUGGAGCAGAAGCAAUGCACUGCGAUUGUCCGGAUGGUUACGUUGGACACAAUUGCGAAACUCGUCUUUUAGAUACAUCAGACACUGAAUGCGCUUUGGAGAAUUGCAUACUGCAGUGUCCUGUCAACGAGCAAGAGCAGCCGUGUACUUGUAAAGACGGCACGAAGAUAUACAACAAUCGAUCGAGGUAUGAAUGCAGAAUCAAACUGUCGAACGUUACGUCUCUCCGCACGGGUCUGAUAUCGCAACACGGAAGUAUGGAAUCAUUUGUUAGCAAGCAGCUUGCAAAAUACUUGAGGAAUUCCAAUAUCACUUCCAUGGAGGAAUUAAAAAUCCUGAACGUGACACCAACGGCCGAAGUUACUUUUCAUUUUUUCGGAAAUUCCGAUGAUGGAGAUAAAAUUCGCGAAUCUCUCAAUCGACUCGUACAGCGUCGACGUCUCAGCGAAAUUGCAUUGGAAUCCACGCACUUUACCUUCCAACAAAAACCCGCGCUUAAGUUACAGAGUCUGCGUAUUAAUCAAGUGAACGAUUACGAGGUUCACUUGGGAGAACAAAUCAUCUUGUCAUGCGCUGCUCAAGGAAGUUACAGCAUAAGUUUUACUUGGUACAAAGACGGCAUGUUGGUGAACACGAGUAAAGCUAUCAGAGAAAUUUGGAUUACUCAAUUGCCGAACGAUGGGUCGGAUUUAUAUACAUCAAUAUUGACAAUCGAGAAGGCGACCCUACUCGACGCCGGUCAGUAUACGUGUCAGGUAGUUGACUGGGGUGUGCAGCAAUGCAAAAGUAUCUACAUCGAGGUCAGGGAUGAGCCGGACGUAAAAGUGGUGCCGAUGAGCGCCUCUAUAGAAAAAGGCAACGAUAUACAACUAACAUGUAUGACUCCCAACAUGCGUAACAUCGGGAUCGGCUUCGGUUGGACGAAAAAUCGCGCCUUGCUCAAAUUAGAACCUGGUCGAGCAGUUUGGGAGGAUCUGUAUCCAGCGGGUAGCAUUUUGAAGAUCACUAAUACUCAGAAAUCGGCGAUUUACACCUGCAAUGUAGCGCACAAGUCUAUGUCCGUGCGAGUUGAAGUCAUGAAUCGAACGCUAAUACCGAUAUGCUUUAAAGAACAGUCCUGGGGUUUGGAAUGGCCAGACACUGCACCAGGAUCAGAGGCACUAUUAGAAUGCCCCCGAUAUUUCGUAGGUCGACGAGUAUCCAGGCUGUGCUCGAUGAAAGACGCUACUACACCCGAAUGGCAAAUACCGGAUUUCUCGUCCUGCUUAUAUGAACCGUUGAUUUUACCAUAUAACAAUUUUCGAAGUCUGACAUUGGGUUAUCAAAAAAUCAUGAGUUCGGACACGAUCCUCGCUUUUUGGAAGCUCUUGCGCAAACGUGCAUUGCCGCUUUAUCCUGGCGAAGGCGAUCGUAUAAUAAGUAUGUUGGCUGAAAUCGAACGAUAUCAGCAUAGAAUCGAUCCACAAGAUGCAUAUAAUUCCGCGGAGGCUUUGAGUCACAUAAUAAAUCGCAUACUGAGCGAUGAAUAUUCGAUCCUGAGUCAAGAGAAACUAUCGGUUUCACUUCAACUAACGCAACGCAAUUUAAUUCACUGGUCCAAACAGCUGAAAGAUAUGUAUAAACAUCUGUCUCUAUCAUCUAUGGUUGUAGAUAUUCAGCAACUACAAUCUCAAAGUGGAGAUAGUAUAACGCAUUCUCUUCAAAUACCUUCGGUCGAUUAUAUUAUCGUAUAUAAAAACAUGUCACGCUUUAUACCAACAGCGUAUAUUAAGGAACUCGAUGAUGGCACAGACCUAGAGUUUCGCAUUAAUUCUCGAGUGAUCGCCGUCGCAGUUCCUUCCUUUGGUAUCGAUAAAUAUAACAAGAUAUGGGUUGAUCUGCAAAUCCGGCAUUUACAAAAUCAGACAAAUUCUUGGAAUACGUCAUGCGGCCUAAUAGAUAACACUGGAUCAUGGGAUCUCGAUACUUGCAUAGCAAACACAGUAUCCGGCGAUGUAGUAACGCAUUGUUUGUGCCCUACUACGGGGACAAUAGCUGUUUUCUUGACGACUCGAGCAGUAAAGGUAGUACUGGCGAAAACAGAACAAACCACGUUCAUUAUAAUAUUCGGAUGCAGCAGUUGCCUUGUUCAGUGCUUGCUAUCUGCCCUGAUACUAGGCACUUUUUGGAGAAAGCACAAAAGCUGGUUGAAUUUUCUAAAACUCCAAUGCUGCGGCGCAUUAAUAGGCGCAAUGGCUAUCUUCAUUUACGCCGUCCACACUAAUCUUCCAGAGUCAUCUUACUCGCUCGUGGCGAUAGGAUUAGAGGCGUUCCUCCUCGUAGGCAUGUCUGCGCCUAUUUCCGAGGCUCUAAUAGUUUAUGCCGAACUCACGCAAAUUCGACCGAGUCAACAUCUUCAGCCUACAGUGAUCGCUGUAAUAACUGGUGUUCCGAUCUUGGCUGUAUUUGCAACCGAAUUAACGCAUAAGAGUACAGGAUGGAGACACGAAUCCUGGUGGCUCAUAUAUGGCAGCGGUGUCUAUAACAUAUUUGUCAGCUGCGCCACGAUGAUGUUUUUAGUAUUCAUACUACUAUAUAUGGGAGUGCUCCACAAAGUUCACACAUUAGUGGAGGAGAAUGUGAUGAAGAGAGAAGCUAUAGAAACAAGAAUACGAAUAUUGCACCGCGCGGCUAUCGUCAUAUGCGGCAUCAUCGCCAUGGAGGCAUCCUCUAUUUUCUACAUAAAUUCAUCAUCUGUAAUUUUCCACUACAUAUUUGCAUCCUUAUCUUUCGCUCUGGGCUUCGGUAUAAUAAUCGUAUACAUCGUUAAUGGCGAGAAUGCAAUUAUCGGACCAAUGCUGCGGAGAAUCAGAUGGAAACGCAAUUUGGACGAUAAACACACGUCCGAAUCCAUUAAAGUAUGCUCGAAAGCUGACGCUGAGGUGGAAAACGACUCAGCAACUCCCCCGACGUCAUCUUCAAUCGCCGGCGAGCCGUAUAGGGAGGCACGAGGCAUCGCCGCGGGUAGCAUAGAUAUGCGUGAAUUUGUAUCCGAGUCUUCGUCUGCCUACGCCAAGUCCUCCGUCCCCACGACUAGAUUCCUGCCGGAGAUCCGAAUAGAUCAUUCAGAUAAUAUCGAUCUUGAGAACUACAAUACGAGUCCGCGAAAGUAUCAAGAGGUAUUUGUCGACUCGACGUUUUCUGCACGUAGCUCUUGCUGUGCCAAUGAUGUAGUGGCCUACAGUGUUAAUGAACGCAGCAACUUCCGUGGCGACGUAUCGGGCAAGUAUCGUGGCGACGGCAAGACCUUCCUGCCGACGGCGAGCGUUUCCUCCGAGUCCUCGGCCAAAGUCCUCUGCAGUGCCGACGUGGAGUCGCGAUUAGGUGCGAUGCCAGACGUCACGUUGGCUGUGAAAAGCGAUGUCGAACUGUCAUCGCGGACAAGCGUGGAACUGAAAAGCCGGGAGCAUGUGGUGAGCGCCAUGCCGGACAUCGCCAACACGAGUGAGCGUAAGCAACCUGACGGCGAGGAGAAAACGCCGGAGAUCGUGGUAACGACAGGUGGCUGCGAUAGCGCGACCAGCGGUAUGCUAGAUCGUAUCUCUCACGAUCUUGACUAUCUGCUUAAUCGCACGCACGCCAAAGAAGGAGCUUGAAAUAUGUUAAGAUCGCGAAAUAUACAAGUGCAAUAUAGAUUGUUAAAUUUGUACAAAACGGAUUUCAUCACAAAUUUCCACAUAAAUAAGUGAAUCGCAGGUCAUUUCAUGUAUCGUAGUUUUUUUAGGAUAAUAUUCGUCAAUAUUGCGUUUUUGCUAUGUAAUGAGAAGUUAACGUGAUAACGCGAUAUGAACGUAUUGAGAGCUGCAAACCAAAGUCUAAAGUAUACAUAUAAUCCCUUCUUAUUUCUUAUAUUCUCGUAUAUUCUGCACCAGAACGCUAACUGUAAUUUGAUCGUUGAUCACGAAUCAGCGAUAGUCGUAAAAAAAAAUUCGAUGCGACAAGUGAUCAUCAUCGCACUCCAUCCAUCAGAACUUACUUUAAAUGUAAUCGAAAUUUUCAUGCUCUAUUAUAAACAUUUACAUUCACGUCCAUUGUAUAUCAUGAGGAGACUUUACUGUUCCUCAUAAUAAAUAAAUAGAAUAUUAAAGAAUAAAAUGUACUGCGUAAAAAUUCGAUUCAUGUAUAAUUAUUGUAUAGAUUUUCAGAAGGUGAGAGUACUCAAUUGAGCAUUUCCGAGUUAAAGUAUUUAUUUAUCACUGUCAUCGUACAGCCCUUUCAUAAUAUCCACGAAUCAGUCGUCGCGCUUUUUUUCGUCGUUUAUAAUUUGUAUUAUAAAGCUAUACACAUUCAAUUUAGUUUGAUAAUCUACUUACAUACUUAAGAUCGAAGUUUAUGUUGUAGGUAAUAGGUACCUCUAGUAGAGUUAGUCGUUUACUUAAUGAGAAAUGCUUCACUGAAAUUGAUUCGACCGAGGUAUGAAAUUGGAGCGGUAUUUCUCUUGGCCAAGCACGUGUUAUAAAUGCAAAAGACGUAAUAAGAUCUGUGUUAGUCUGUUAGCACUCGAAUAUACCUAUAUGACUAGUUCUCUGUGUUCAACAGAUUUUUCUUAAAAAUAUAAAAUAUUUACAAGGAUUUUCGGCUAAUUUUAUCGAGAUUUAAUCUUGGUUUAAUCACAUCAAUAAUACCCAAGUAUAGAGCAGGGCCGUGGCUUUAUCCGAUUACUACCAAAUUACGCUAUUGAGCCAGUAUUACAUCUCUUACAAUCUUGCCUAA